GGCAAUGUCUGUGGGAUCCACUGUAUUUAAUGUGCCUGGAAAUGGCUGGUUUGAGACGACAGACAAUUCCUUGUCCACCUCAGAUCCAGACAAUCCCUACUCCCCACUCACUUGGACACUCACCGGCAACGCAGGGGGUUUCCUGAACAUCGAGCCUACCACCGGAAUCAUCAAACUGGCCAAAAAGGUGGACCGGGAGACACUGACUUCCCCAGUGGCCAUCAACAUCAUAGCGGACGACGGGAGCAGUGCAGUGACGUGCACAACCACCUACACAGUGACAGAUGAGAACGACAACCUGCCGCUGUUCUCGCCAGUGGUGAACUACGUGGCCAGUGUGGUGGAGAGUGUGGCCAGAGGGAGUGCAGUGGCACUACUGCAGAUAGACGACAAGGACGACCCCACUCUGGGCAACAGUCAAGUGGCAGACGGACAACUAGUGCUGCAGACCAUCACAGAUGUGAAUGAGGAGCAGAUCUACUUCAGUCCAAAUGUGGCCACUGACUCCAUCACAGUCCAGGAAGAUGUCUGCUGUUCCUUUGAAGGCAACAGGACCUUCACCCACACCUUCACAGCCAGCGAUGCGGACUUCACUCAUCUGGGUGACCACUCCCAGUUCACAUGGCUGUUGACUUCUGGCAAUGGUCUCAAAAAGUUCGUCUUGAAGCAGGGGGAGAACUGGAAUGAAGCUAGACUGCUACAGGUGAAUGACAUCGACAGGGAAGAACUGUGUGGCAACUUCCUCUGCACUGGGGGAGAGUUCGAACUGGAAAUAGAAGUGUCAGACGAGACAGACGUGCAAUUUAACGUGAUUGUGUGA